AUGAUGAGCUACGCAGAAAAACCUGAGGAUAUUACAAAAGAAGAAUGGAUGGAUAAACUAAAUAACGUGCACAUUCAGCGGGCAGAUAUGAACAGACUGAUCAUGAACUACCUUGUAACUGAGGGAUUUAAGGAAGCAGCCGAGAAAUUCCGGAUGGAGUCUGGGAUUGAGCCUAGCGUGGACCUGGACACUCUGGAUGAGCGGAUUAAGAUCCGAGAAAUGAUUCUUAAAGGUCAGAUCCAGGAGGCCAUCGCUCUUAUCAAUAGCCUUCAUCCAGAGCUGCUGGAUACCAACCGUUAUCUGUACUUUCACCUUCAGCAGCAGCAUCUGAUCGAGCUGAUCCGUCUGCGUGAGACGGAGGCUGCGCUGGAGUUUGCCCAGACGCAGCUGGCCGAGCAGGGAGAGGAGAGCCGGGAGUGCCUGAGCGAGAUGGAGCGCACCCUCGCCCUCCUGGCCUUCGACAACCCCGAGGAGUCGCCUUUCGGAGACCUGCUCAACAUGAUGCAGAGACAGAAGGUAUGGAGUGAGGUGAACCAAGCAGUGCUGGAUUAUGAAAACAGGGAGUCAACGCCAAAGCUGGCAAAACUGCUGAAACUUUUAUUGUGGGCACAGAAUGAAUUGGACCAAAAGAAAGUGAAAUAUCCCAAAAUGACAGACCUCAGCAAGGGCACAAUUGAAGAUCCCAAGUAGAAACUCGCAACAGCAUG